AUGAGGGUGAGCGGUCUGCGCUCUCUGCUGCAGGUUCAGCGUGAGUGUGACGCGAGUGUGUGUGCGGUUCAGAGCGGGUUACAGAAGCGCUGGGCUCUGCUGGAGGAGUUACACACACGAGUGACUCUGAGGCCUGACAGCACACAGGAAGCACAGGACCCUCACGCCGUCCUCACAGACACUGAGAGCCUGUUCAGUGAGCUCAGUCAGUUCAAAAGUAAAGCCCAACAGUGCCAGACACAGCUGGAAACCAGUAUAAACCUUUUACAGGCACUUCGCAGCAGCCAUCAGGGUCUGAACGAGACUUUCGGUGCCACCAUCAACUCUACAUGGACCAAAGAGUUAUUACAGUCUAACACUGAUCUGUUUUCGGAGAUCCAUGAGGAUUUCAUGUCUUUGGAACAGCAGACGUCAAAUUUUGUGAUCCACUUGAGAGGCCUGAAUGCUUCUGAGGAGGGAAAGACAAGAUUAUCUGUGGAUCGGUCACAAACGUCUCUUCCCACUGUCCCAGUGUACGUUGCUGCUCCGGAAGCAGCACAAUUACAUUCUGAUCCAGAAAGUGAUCCAGAGUCCCUAGGAGACUCACAGAAAGCCCACUCUAGAGUGUCCCCCUUCCAUAAACUCUGUGGGAUGAGGAGGAAGAGGUCAUCCCCGUAGUUUUGACAAAAGUUGGAUGUUUUUACAGGACAUUGUUAAUGCCUAGUAUUUAAUGUGACAGCCUGUUAAGCAGGUGUAACAACAUAGUUUAUGCACUUUAUGCGCAGUUUUAAUAUAUAUUAUAAUACAAAUAAAUA